AUGGCAUUAAGAAAUAAAUCAAUUAUUUUAUUUGUUCUUAUUGCUAUCUACUUUACAUCAACGUCAUUAUCUCAGACAUCUUGUUCUAUGUGUGUUCGAUGUCCUAUGGGAAAAUUUGAAUGUUCCUGUAAUAAUGAUAAAUAUUUUUACGAAAAUCAAUUUGGAAACUGUAACUGUCAAACCGGAGGAUAUACUUCUGCGUCAGCCUUUCCAAAUGGAACGUGUCCCACUGGUAAAAAACCAGGUCCAAAUGGUAUCUGGGUAGGACAUACUUGUAAUUGUAGUAACUAA